AAUUUUCCUCCUGUAGGGAUCGGCUAUAGUCCCUUCAUGGAGAGAUAAAGAUCUUCUAUCGGCUCCAAAACCCUGCUUAAAACCCCUCUUCCUAUUUUCCAUUGUUGUGUUGACGCUUGGACUUCAUCAAAGGACGCCAUCUUCAUCGGCAAUCACUAGCAGGAGAAACCCAGAAGAAGGAGAACCAAAAAGUUGGAAAAAUGAGUUCUUUUAACAACAACAACAACAUUGACAGUCUCCUCCUGCAAACCCUCAUGGGAAGAUUACAACUCCGACCUCCUUACCUCCACACGAACUCUUAUCUUUCCCAAAACUUGGAAGAUUUUCUACUUGAUACCAACGCAAUCCCCGAUGAUGAUGGCGAUGACAAUGAUUCCGAUAGAACCCCACUUGCGAAAGAAGAAUCGAAGCUGGAGAAAGAGAUCAUUCGCAUUAUUCUCGGUGGGAACACCGAAUCCUUGAAACCCAAUUCGGGACAAGCUGUCUCGAUCGGAGAACAUCAUGUCUGCGUUGGGUUUCAUGAAGAGAAGGGAUCUGAUUAUCGCGUAUGGGAGUGGCAUGGACAUAUAAUGUUGUUUGAUGAAGAGAACGGGUAUUCACCGGAAUAUAUAUAUGGGAAUUACUUCGAGAGAGUUCCGUCGGUGAAGCGAACCCCAGAUGAUGAAAAAGAGGAGGAGAAGGACGCGGAAAAGGAGGAGCGAGUAGGAAGCUUGGGGCUGAGAGAGUUGAUCGGAGGUGGGGAUUCAGUCGGUGGUCGGAUUCUUCAUCGGAACAUGAAUUCAGGUUCUCGGAGGUUUUAGGUGUGAGGACUGGUACAUGAUUAGGGCCAAAAGAAGCCUUGGGAUUUGAACUUUGAAGAUGAUUGCUGCAUUUGUUUUUUGGCCUUCUGGACUGCAAAUUCGGUAUUUUUAGUCUUCUUGUUUCAGUUGUUUAGUGUCCCCUUCCAAGUUACUGCCCAUAGGUUAUGAUUUUGCCCAUCAUGUCUCAAGUCAAGUAGGCCCAAAGGCGGAGCUGAUUGGCCAUCUUUUCAGGGACAUUAAAAAAAGAGCCAAGGAAGGAAAACCUUUUUUUUUUUCUUUUUAAACUGGAAUGGAUGGUAACAUGGUGGCACAAAACACUUUGUAUUUCUUUUGUUCUUUCACAAAUUUUGCAGAGCUUACAUAUAUUUAUUUGUCUGAAAAUCUUACUAGUUUAACCUUGCUAAAUUUAUUGAUGAGAUGAUGGAUAUUUAGAUGUUGCUCAACUA